AUGCGAAGAGAACAAUCGAAGAAAGGUGCCGUGGGCGCAGAGAAGAUGACCGAUAAGCCGGAACCGCCUGCGGAACGUCGGGCCAGAAAGCCAGUCAGUCAGGCCAGUGCAAAUUCAGUCACGGCAUCGUCCAGCAAGCCAGGCUCAGCUUCUUCGUCGCCGCAAAGGAAAAGACAUAUUGUCCUGACGUACAAGGCCCUCGACGGGAAUAUCUUGCGCAGAGAGCUACACCAGAACUAUCCUAAUGAGCGAUGGUUUGAUAGCUACGAUUCUUUGGACAAGAAGCUGAAGAAUUCGAAGGGCAAGAGCAAAAACACCGAGCACAUUCUGUUAUCGAAUCUCCCAAUCCUGGUGGGAGUCAAGAACGGGAUUGAACACGUGGUUGGCCUUCAAACAGCUGUUCGGAACACAAUCUCAUAUCUGCUUGAUAUCGAAGCCGAGUGGAACCCCGUUACGGAGAUCAACCCUCGGCCAGAAGGGGUGUCGUCUGCGUUAUGGAAUGGAAGACUCUGGCUUGGUGGUAUCAAGGACUCAAUCAACGAGAUGGGCGUCUUGAAAAAGCAUGCUAUCAGUGCCGUCGUGUCUAUACAUCCCGAGGACUGGCUGGCAAAGGAUAAAUGGGAGAAACUGUACGAAAAGUGGAAAGGCCAGCCACUCAAACCGGGGUGGACAGGCGGGAAAAGGGGCCAAUAUCUCAUUGAGUUGGAGGACAACUCCAGUUCAGACCUGCUUGCCUAUUUUCAAAAGGCGUUCAACUUUAUGGACUACUACCUAUCACGGGGCAAGAAUGUGCUGGUUCAUUGCAAGAUGGGCCAGUCCCGCUCAGCCUCGCUCGUACUCGGUUACAUGAUGACCAAGUACUACAAGCAGAACGGGUCUAAGAACUCCGAGAGGCCGGAAGAUGUGCUGAAAAGGUUCACCGGCGACAUCUCAAUGCCUACAAACGAGCCCAACAAAAUCGCUCCGCGGACAGCAACAUCGAAGCGCAGAGGGGUCAAUACGGAGAAAUUCAAGACGCAGUUAUUGCGGCAUUUCGAGCUGCUAUCCAAGGAACCUGAGAGCCAGCCCUUCACGAGCGAGUCUACACAGCAGCCCAAGCCUGUGGACAAGAAGGCCGGAGGAGGGAUAAUCAAGAAUGCAAUUCUUGUUCUGUGCUUCAUACAUGACCUGAAGCCGACAGAGGAGAUUAUGGGAUAUUGGUCAUCGCGGAUGAAGACCAAUACGCACUACUGGAUCCAGGCAUCAAAGGAUAAAGCCGAGAAGAAAGGCAUCAAGGUCGAAGAUCACUUGGCUGCAUUCAACGGGUUCUUCGAAUCCCAUACCACAUAG